AUGGCUCGGAGUACAUUCAUAGGGCAAUGCCCCGUGGACGAGCACAUCCAGGAUUCAAAUCAGACCAAAUCUUCUUUUCUCUACGAGAUGCCAACUGUGCGCCGCCAAAACAUGGGCCGAAGGCCGGAGCUAUUGCCCAUGGCAGAGAAUCUCCCUCCUCGAGGCUCAGAGAGGGCUUUUGUGUCUUCUAUAAAGCCUCAACCGUCUACUGAGAAUUUCUCCUUGGACAAUCAUCCGUCAAAGACUAUUCUACCCUAUUACUCCCAUAUCGACAAAACGAGAAGGUCCUUCUCGUCAGACCCACCUUGUCCUGUGAUGCAAUUCACUCAAACUCCUACUACACGACUCGAUAGCACACCGGGCCUGUCGCUCAAGUGUGGACCUCGCGAGAAAGUCCUGGGAUUCCCAGGCAACUUAUACCAGGCUGUAGCUACCACUAUGGAAAUGUCAGCCUCUAGCAGUGGUUUCAAAUGCAAUGAUAUUACCGACACGAACUCUUUGGGCUCGUCAAAUGGUGAUUUCCUCUCGACAAAGGUGGAAGAUUCGAUGUCUGCGAUGGAGGGUUCUUGGCCAUCUUGCCCUGCGUCAUUCUAUGGCUAUUCAACGGGAAGCUCUCCAUCUUCUGCCUCUUCCUUCGACAUGAUGGACGCCCCCACUGAUAAUUCCUUAUUCUUUGAACAACCUCUCCAAGAUUGGGCAGACAUUGAAAGCCCUGCUAUGCAAGGCUUGAUGUCCCAGAUCCAAGACUCGCAAGACGUGAAGAGUCUGUGUUGUGGGGACAAACAGGUUGACGGACUUCCACAAUGCUUUCAAGAUCUCCAAAUUUUGAAUUGGCAAGGAGGCUGGAGUCCUGACAGCUUUCUGUCUCAGGGACCUGGGGGUAUGCCCUACGACGCAGCCUGGAGCAUUUUGAAUGGCAACACAGACAAUCAUCUUGAUGGUCAGCUCUUUGCAAUGUCUCAUAAUCAUGACUCGGAACAGUAUGCACCGCUAUCACACAUCUCCAGCAGCGCAGUCCUCCCAUCUCAUCACCAGUAUCCCCAAAGCGAACUUUAUUUCCAGUCACUCAUCUCACCAGAAGCAAGCUCUCUACCAACUGCUCCUGUGAUACCUCUCAGCACAAGCCCUGUCCACCAAGACCAUGAUGCACAUGGUUGCGAGAUAUCUGCAGCGACCGAAGAAGACCCAACGGACAAAAUCCAGCCCCAUCAUCUCGAGGACUCCAAUUCAGGCGUCAAUGCCAGCAUUCACUAUAGCGACAGACGCAAUGCCAUGCUCAUCAAGUGGAAAAAGGCCGGUCUGUCCUACAAGGACAUCAAGCGCAUAGGAGGAUUCAAAGAGGCCGAAUCAACGCUCCGUGGCCGAUUCCGGACCUUGACCAAGACGAAAGAGCAACGGGUACGAAAGCCCAAAUGGCUGGCACGUGACAUCGAACUAUUAUGUGAAGCCGUAGUCACCAUGGCAAACCAGACAUCUUUGUCUGACAAGUCGCCCGCGGACCUUGUUCAGACCCGUGUAGCCCUGGCCGUGGCGGGACAACUACCAAAGGUUUCGUGGAAAAAGGUGGCUCAGUAUAUCUGGGCGAAUGGGGGCUCAUAUCAAUUUGGUAAUGCAACUUGUAAGAAGAAAUGGUGUGAUAUCCAUGGGAUCAAGAUCUAG